AUGGCAGCCCAUGGAGCCUGGGAGGAGAGAAUGCAGCAUGCCCUGGAAGUCAUAGAGCGCGAGAUGAUCGACAAUUCAACCUGGCUACUGGCCAUGCGAUUGGAUAUUGCUGAGAAGGCGGAAUUUGGUUUGGCAGCUGUAAUAGCCGCGACACAUAGGCUCUAUACACAGCCGGACGAGUCCGACUACCAUGCUUUUGACCGCAUGGCCAAGGCAUUUGCAAGCCUCCGAGAUGGCGUCGGUAGGCAGAACAGAACCACUGCUACAGGUUCUGGUAUAUUUGCCCCUAUCGAGAAUGAUAGUAGCAAUACCCUCGGAACUAGGCGGAGCACUACUAUCGAACCAACCCCAAUCGAUGCCACGGUCGAUAGGGAGACUGAAGAUGAAUCUGUUCCUGUCAAGGAAGAGGUGAUGACCGAUGCUGCUCAAGCGAUGAUGACCAAAGUGAGUCCGAAGAUCAAAACGACGACUCUCAAAGCGACGAGGAUCAAAGCGACGAGGAUCAAAGCGACGAGGAUCAAAGCGACGAGGAUCAUCCAGCGAUCAAGAUCAAAUUCUGGCUCUGAAAGCGCGUACGCAGCUGAAGAUGGGCCCUCAACACAGCCACCUAGAGGCAUCAAAGACCGUCUCGCGAACUCGUCAACACCAUGCAUGGAUCUCUUGCUUGACAAACGCCUAAUCCUUCAGAACAAGUACAAGACGAUCAUCAAGACUUUGGUCAACUUAAUUGUCAAGCGGAAUGGAGACAAAGAACCGCAGCUCCAUGGAUUUGACAGCCAAGCCAAACACAAGCAGUUGAAGCUGCUUGACUUGGGAACAAUCAUGAGAUCUAUCUUAGCCGACCCAGAGCUGAACGAGUCCAAGGCUCGGAGAGCACUGGACGAGAAACUAAGAUUUGUUGUAUGCUUGCACCCACACUGCUUCCCUGAAUUGGGGAAGUGUGCUUUCGUCUUCGUGAAUAUGAUGCAGUCGAUCACCAAUUUGAUGUCAAAUUUAGCGAAGGCUUUCGGUACCAUCGAAAAGGGUGUUGUGAGAUCACCAAAGGCUACUGCUUGGUAUCUGGAGGUCAAGUUACGGAAGUUUGCAUAUAGGAACCGAAGACUCUUCCCGGAGCUCCGCAAUACUACCCUAGCAGGAAGGUGGAUGGCUUUGUCAGAUGAGAAGUGGUAAGGCAUUACGAGAAUUGUACUGAGCCAUUCUAAGCGAUCGAAAAUGGGCGAUGAAUGGACGAAUGAAAGAAAAAGAUUAAUGAUCUAAACUAACGGGCACGGAUGAGAGUUGGAU